AUGCAACAGUUGGUGACGAAGGUCCUCUUCUCCACACUGCUGCUUCUAGCAGUGGUUCCCUCUGUGUUCUCACAGUCAGAUUGUUCUCAAGCCGAGUCAUGUGACCUGUGCGUUGGCGACUCCAUGCUCAACCUGACAGGCUGUGUCUGGAGGCUUUGUCCAAAUGGUAAUGAUACAGGCAUGUGUUUGACUGAUGAGGGCAACUUGGAAGACAAUGGCAAGAAUUGUAGCUGGACUAGAGUGUCUGAAUUGUGCUCAGUUGUAGAGACUGAGGGAGAAGGUGACUCAGGUGAUGGAAGUAACACAAAAUCGUCCCCAGAGUUCUCCCAGGCCAAGUUUGACAUGUCCAGUUUCAUCGGAGGCAUCAUACUCGUGCUGUGUGUGCAGGCAGGCGGCUUUUUUGCCAUGCGCUUCCUCAAAUCCAAAGAGCAGAGCAGCUACGACCCCAUCAGCCUCUGGUGGCAGGAGUGA